UACUUUGGCAGCGCUGCCACGACUCACAACAACUUUCGUAUUUGUACGUAAGUACCUGAAUUAGUUUGCACAUACUUUACAAUGGAAUCAGAAUCUUCAAAACGCAGUUUAAAGAGGUACAAAGGAGGCGAGGAGACAAAAGAAGAGAGCCCGCCUGAGGAUGACGAUUACGUCCCUUAUGUUCCAGUUAAAGAGAGAAAGAAGCAAAAAUUGACAAAAUUGGGCAGGAUCUCACAAGUCAAAGCUGAUGCGGAUCUUAAAGCAAAAUCAUCCAGUGAAAAUGAAUGUAAUGAUGAAGAAGAAGAGGAUCUGCAAAGUGUUGCUAGAAAGUCAAACAUAAGUCUACUAAGUCAACAUACAGAACUGAAAAAAGUUGCCCAAGCUAAAAAAGAGAGUGCUUUUGAGAAACAAUUAAAAGAAGAAGAAAAAAUCCUUGAGAGCAUUGCAGAAAAAACUGCUCUAAUGGGUGUUGCAGAAUUGGCUAGAGGUAUCCAGUAUGAAGAUCCUAUAAAAACAAGCUGGACACCUCCAAGAUGUAUUUUGAACAUGCCAAGAGAUUACCCUGAUAUACUUAGAGGGAAAUUAAGCAUUACCGUUGAAGGAGAAGAUGUACCUCUUCCUAUACCUUCAUUUAAUGCCAUGAAAUUUCCCAAGGGAAUUUUAGUUGGGCUACAGAAAAAAGGAAUCAAACAACCCUCUCCAAUUCAAAUCCAAGGAUUGCCAACUGUGUUGAGCGGCAGAGACAUGAUCGGCAUAGCCUUUACCGGUAGUGGAAAAACCCUUGUGUUCGUAUUACCUAUAGUUGUUUUCAGUUUGGAACAGGAACUAAAAAUGCCAUUUUUGCCUAACGAAGGUCCUUUUGGGUUGAUAGUAUGCCCAUCUCGUGAGUUGGCAAAACAAAUUCUCGAAACAGUCGAACAUUUUGCCGAUUGUUUGAGCCAGCAUGGGAUGCCAAGAAUAAAGUCGUGUCUAAUUAUUGGUGGAACACCAGUUAACCAGUCCUUAGAAAUCAUUAACAGAGGGGUACAUAUCAUAGUUGCCACACCUGGUCGCCUAAUGGACAUGCUUGAUAAGAAAAUGAUUAAAUUAGACGUAUGCCGAUAUCUAUGUAUGGAUGAAGCUGAUCGCAUGAUUGACAUGGGAUUCGAAGAAGAUAUCCGUACUAUUUUUUCCUACUUCAAGGGUCAACGGCAAACUUUGUUGUUCAGUGCUACUAUGCCCAAGAAAAUCCAGAACUUCGCUCGUUCGGCGUUAGUCAAGCCUAUAACUAUUAACGUUGGGAGAGCAGGAGCAGCUAGCAUGAACGUCAUUCAAGAAGUAGAAUAUGUUAAUCAGGAAGCCAAGAUUGUCCACUUGUUAGAGUGCAUUCAAAAGACUCAACCACCGGUGUUGAUUUUCGCCGAGAAAAAGCAGGACGUGGAUGCAAUACAUGAAUAUUUGUUAUUAAAGGGAAUUGAAGCUGUGGCCAUUCACGGAAGCAAAGAUCAGGAAGAGCGAUCUCGCGCUGUCGACGCCUUCAGACAAGGAAUAAAGGAUGUGUUGGUUGCUACCGAUGUUGCCUCUAAAGGGUUAGAUUUCAUCAACAUUCAACAUGUUAUAAAUUAUGACAUGCCCGAUGACAUUGAGAAUUACGUGCAUCGAAUAGGACGUACUGGUCGUUCAGGUAACAAAGGUCAAGCGACAACCUUUAUUAACAAAUCGAACGAAGAAUCCGUUUUACUUGAUCUCAAACACUUACUUAUCGAAGCAAAGCAGGAGGUUCCUCCGUUUUUGGCAACUCUGCAAUCGGAAACUGAAGUUUUCCAAGAUCUUGGAGGUGAUAAAGGUUGUAGCUAUUGCGGUGGUCUUGGUCAUCGGAUUACCCAGUGUCCGAAACUAGAAGCCGAAAGCAACAAACAAGUCUCCGCCGUCGGGCGCAAAGACUAUUUAUCUUAUUCUGCGGCAGACUACUAAAGAUUUCACCAACAAUCCACGUCUUGAAUGCAACAAACGCUUCUAAGAUUACUGUGAAAAUCCCGAUAUGUUGUAUCGUGUCGAAAGAAGGGAGAAAAUAUUGGAAAUACAUGUUGACGAAAUAAA